UGAUCUAUAUAUGAUCUGAACGCGGACGAUCAGCUAGCAGAGAUACGCGCCAUGGGCGGCUCUUGGGUUCGCAUCAUCACCUCUCCCUUCAGGAAAGCCUACACGAUCAUCAGCUCGCCCCGGGACAAGAAAUCCCAAGCAGUUUCAGGGGAUGGCCGGAGUGGACCGCUGGAGCUGCACGGGGAGGUGAUGGCGUGCGCGUACGAGGACGUCCGGGUGAUGUGGUCGAUGCUCGACAAAACGAGGAGGGCCGGAGAACACGUCGCGGCCGCCUCGUGACGAUCGAUCGAAUCCUGAUUCAUGCUGUAACUUGUGGCCGGAUGUCUGUAAGUGUUCAUAGUUGCGGAUGGCAAGGGAGGGCCAGGCCAGCACCACUCGAUCGAUCUUAAUUGAAAUUUUUUAUGGCUUCUUCUUCUUCCA